CACAAUUACCCAACACAUAACAGAAGGUCCCCAGCAAAGUGAAAUAACCUUAUUUGAGUACAUUUAAGGCCAAAAUUACUUCCCAAAACUAUACCCAACUCCAAUUGCAACCCCGGAGAUGUCUCUCGCCACACACAAGAUGAACGAGAGGCUACAGAGAGAGAGAGGAGAGGAGAGAGAGUGCCGUCUCGUCUGGACUAUAAACAUGGAAGAAAUGCUGAUCUAUUUUGUACGUGGGAACCGCAUGCUCUGGGACCCCUCGCAUCCCUCGUUCCCAAAAUUGGCGAUGAAGAAGAGGAGGGUGGAGGAUAUUGCAGCUCUCUUGAGGCGGGAAGUUGGGCCUGAGGAAGCCUUUGCCGUGACUGCAGAAAACGUCUGGAAGAAGUUCAGAAGCAUGCGAAUAUUCUUCUUGCGAGAAGUGAAGAAGGUUCAUGACUCGAGGAGCAACAUUGGGGAUGAAGGCUACACCUCCACAUGGGCGCACUACAACAGAAUGCGCUUCUUGCUUCAGUCUCUGAGGCCAAAGGAAAAUCAGGAGAGCGAUCACCCCCGCCAUAUCUCACUAUUAGGCUCUCAAUCAACUGUCCAUAACAACAACUCAGAAGUCAGAGCUUCAUCUCCUAUGGCAAAUAACAGCCCAACAAGAUACGAAGCUCCACCCACCCGUCAACCUAAUGGGGUCAGUGAUGGACUUGCAAAAUAUGAAGCCCCCUCGGCAUCCCAGCCCAGAGUAGCUAGCAACGAAGGUCGCAUAACACCCCAUUCAACAACACCCCAUUCAACUACACCCCAUUCAACUACACCCAGGGUCUCCGCCUCAUCCAAUUCAGUAUCUAGGAGUGACAUUCACUACCAAGGCACUCAUAGGAAACGACAGAGAACUGCCAUGCCCACGAGUGACGCUCUGGAAAAGGUAGUGGAGUCUUUACAGAAUAUAAGGAGAGAUUGUAGUGAUGUGGCAGGAACCUUUGGUAACUUUGUGGCUGCUUCUCUCCGUGGGUUGCCAGAGGAUAAGCAGCACGAUGUAAUGUCAUCAAUAACAAGAGUGUUAUCGGAUUCCCACAAGAACUAAAUCUGUCCGUUAUUGCUUUUCAGUGAAUGCAGAAAUUAUUGAUAUAUUUUAAGUUCUUGGAAGUUGGACCAAAGUAGAACUGAUAUUUCAUUUAGUUUUUCUGAUUUUCUUUCUCUCCAUUGUCUAAAAUUUGUGCUAAUUUCCACUUGUUUCUAUAAUGGUUUUAAGUUGAUUGAAAAACCCUGUUUGUAAGGUUUCUGUAUUGAAUUUAUUAAAUUAUUGCACAGGCAGUUUUCAGUUCCAUAUUUAUUUAUAAAACUUAUAAAAAGUUUAAUUGCUUUAAUCUCAUGAUAAUUUUAUAAAGUAAAUGUUUAUAAUUUAACAGAGGAAUAGAUAUAUACCUUUAGGCUUGAAACUGUUAGAAUGUUUUAAUACUGCUGUAUUAAAAGUAAACAAAAGUUUGUUAUCAGUCAGUCUUUGUUUUAAAAAUUAUCCCCUUUGAUUGAUGGUAUUCUAUAAAGGUUGUGUUAAACUGCUCAGGGGACUGUUUAUAUGAAAUAUGUAUCCUAUUGAUAAUUGCUUAAAUUAUAUAUGAAGAAGGGAUAGGUAAGCUUUUCACAAUGUUUUGGCUUUCUCAUUCAGCUCUGCUUGUAAAGAAUAUAAAUAUACAUUAUAUAUAUAUUUUUUUUCAUUAUGCUCUCUACAUGUCUUCCAUACAUGAUGUAAUAGAUACUUUAGUUUUACAUAUGCUUAAAAAAGUCCUUAUUUUGGUUUCAUGUCUUGUUUUCUUUGGGAAAGGGUCCUCUUAAACUCAGGGCUUUACUUCUUUAUUUUGUGAAUAAAGUGUGGUAUUUACAUUUCAAGUUUGUCACUGUUCACACAACUAUAUUUCUUGUCCUAAGUGAAUUAUUGUAAUAUGAAACCAAAUUAAACAGAAGCUCAGUUCCUCCCUAUUUUAAAUCACAGUGUGAGAAUUCUUUCUCAUAAUAUGUGUUUCAGGGACAAGAGAAAAUUGCUCAGCAUAGAGUACAUUCUUUCUCAGUUACUCGCAAUUGAAAAUCCUCGCAAAAAUUCCUUCCCGCAAAUAUCAAAUCAGCUGACAGUCACAAAUCAUAAGGAAAGAUAAACCAGUUAUCUGCAAUCUGGUUCUGUUACUCCUCUCCUUAGAAGAAAAAUGAAUGGUUGUGUAUCAUUCCUUGAGUCCUACAGGGAUUGUGAUUGUGGUAAAAAAUGAAAAGUCUGAAAUUGAAUACAAUUGAAAUAACUUAUUUUUGUUUGUACUUACUUAUGAAUGAGACAAAAAUUACAUGAAUAGAAAAACGAAUGUUAUCUAUGAUGUGAUGAACUGAUUUUGAGGUACUUCACAAUCCUUAUAAUUGCUGCCUACUUCCAUUUUUGAGGAGUGAUGUAUAAUGAAUAAAAAGAAUAUAUACUAAUGCUCUCCCUUUGUGUAGGUGUAAUUUUUAUGUUAGAGCAGUCUUUGGUCUAAAGUUUAUAAUAAAUUAAUUUCGAACAAGU